AUGUUGGCGUCGAUAUCAAUGCACAAGCGCAAUGAAGAUCGUUCCCACCACCUGGGCGCGAAGCUGCGCAGUAUGCUUCUACCAGAUGAUCACAGUACUGCUGGAUUCCUGACACCUCUGACCUACGCCGCUCCACGCGCAUCCGGACACCUUCCCGUGCUUAUAUUGAGCAUUUGGUAUGCCAUCAAUCUGCAGUUGCCGACGGUGACCAUACCAACCUCGCAGCCAUAA